CCUAAACAUUUACCAAAAUUAAGUUCAAUCUUUUGUGCAAAUUAAAUUGGAUUUGCUAUAUAAAACACUUUGGUUGUAGUAAAGCUCUUUGUGAUUGUAAAAAUGGAAGAAGAAGAAUUAUCUAAUAGAAAAAGCAUACGCUAAAUGUCUGCGAAUACCACAACUCCUACAUCCUCCACGAGUGUGUGCUCCAUAUCGCCGAACGGCUCUGCCAGCGGCACAGAGGAUAUACAAUAUCUACUCUAUUUAGAAACUUUACGUCGCUUUCGGGACGAUGAGCUUAACAUUAAGCGCCAAGUGGACGAAAAAACACGACAGUACUUGGAAGUUAAGGAGGAAUAUUUACAAUUGUACGCUAAAUAUGUGAAACUCACAACAUUGGCAGCAACUCGUUGUGCGCUGUUAGCUGAUAACCAUUUGCCUUUUGAUAAAAUAGCUGCCGCGGAUAAAGAUAUAUUAGCUAUUACACAAAAAUUGGCUACUGGUGAUGUUGUGGAAACGAUUAGUGAAAAGGCAGUCAAAGAGUGCAACGAUAAGUUGGAAGCUUGCGAAGUACACGAGAAAUUGAAACAAUUAAGCCGCGAAUUAGCCGAAAGUAAAGCAACUAUACGAGCAGUACAAUCCUCAACCGAAACUGUGGAGGCCACUAUUGAGACGGCUACACUGCAAAGUCUUGACUACUUUGUUGAUGAAGUUGGCAAUAGAAGUUGAAAUUAAAACACAUCGAAACUGCAUUAUUUAACCACCGAAUAGUAAUUCGAUGGCUGCACUUUAUUAGUAGCGUGCUGAUUAGCAUGGUAUGUUGGAUUGGUGGAAGGAUGACAUUUUGAACGUGCGCAUUUCAAUCAUAGUUUCUAUCAUUUUUAUCGGUGGAGCGGAAAAGAGAAUAAAUAAAGGCGGGGAAAAUCAUCAUAUAAUUUGGUAUUAGGGUAACAAAAGCGCAUAUGGUUGAAUUCAGUAUUUUUGUUUAAAAUUAUUUGUAUAUAUAUGUAUCGUAAUGUUUGUACUAA